AUGGAUAUUGGAGAUAGAAGUUGGAUGUAUCUUUCAAGAUCUGCAGAUGAGUAUGAAAAUAGAGUCAAAGAUUUUCUCAAUAAGGCAUUUGAGCGAGCUUCUCUAGGAAAUGAAAUAUUAUGCCCAUGCAGAUUGUGCUUUAAUCGCUAUUGGCAUUAUCGAGAUGUGGUGGAGGAUCACUUAUUUGGUCAUGGAUUUGCUCCUAAUUACACUCAAUGGGUUUUCCAUGAAGAAGGAAUUUCAUCAACAAAUAUUCCACAUCCAAGUCAUAAAGGGCAUGAAGGAAGGAAUGAAGGGCAUGGAGGAGUAAGACAGGGACUAUCUGAAGAUGUUAAGCGUUUUUUUAAAUUACUGGAGGAAGUAAAACAAGAUUUAUAUACGGGGUGUAAGAGUUUUUCUAAGCUGAGUUUCACCAUCCGAAUGUACUUGUUUAAAUGCAUUCACAGGAUGACUAAUGUAGCUUUCUCAUACUUGCUAGACUUGAUAAAAGAGGCUUUUUCAUUUGCUCAGAUUUUCGAGUCUUUCCACAAAACAAGAAAGGUGAUAAGAGAUUUGGGUCUCAAUUAUGAAAAAAUUCAUGCAUGCGCUAAUGAUUGCAUGUUGUUCUGGAAUGACAAUGCAAAUCUCGAUAAUUGCAUUAUGUGUGGGUCUUCUAGAUUGAAGAAUAUUCAUGAUGAAUUGACUAAUAAGACCACUAAAGUUCCGACAAAGGUCUUAAGGUGUUUUCCUUUAAAGCCUAGGCUUCAGAGGAUAUUCAUAUGUUCUGAAACAUCUGUAGUUAUGAGAUGGCAUACUACUAAACGACCCAAAGAUGGAAAUUUAAGACAUCCUGCUGAUGGGGAAGCUUGGCAACAUUUUGAUUCCAUGUAUCUUGACUUCGUAAAAGAUAUUCGUAAUGUUAGAUUAGGUCUUUCAGUCCAUUCAGAACAAUGA